UAUUUACAUUUUCAAACCUACAAGAUUAUUUUUCGUUGUGAUUUUUAAAUACUUUAAUUAUCGUAAUUGCCAACGUGAUUGUCUUAAGUGGUUUGGGAAAAAGCAGCAUCUGUUUUGAUCAAAUGUAGUCUGAGGUCAGUGAGGAGAAAACUGCUGUGUCAUUCAGUGGAUAGUUGGUUGUUCUUGUGAUCUCGUCUGGGUGUGGUCUUUUUAUUACUUGUUUAACUAGAUAACCUACAGUCUAAUCGUUAUACAUGCAAAUAUCAUUGUAAGCUUGGACAUUAUGUACUAUUUUGAGGGUUUGAGCCUUUGAGGCCUUGUGUGGUUUAGUAUUCUCAAAUGGCCGCCUUUUUCUGCAUUAGAUUGAAUUCUACCUAGUCAAGAUGUGUUUGUACGCGAAUCAUGUGGUGUUUUGUACUUUUUGCUUGGUGUUUUAACUCACCCGUGCCAAUAAUUCUAAUAUAAUACUCUGUAUCACUAUACUUAAAGAUGGCGGCUGUGCCCCUCUUCCGAAAGACAGAACUGCGGAUAUUCGGGUAAGCAGACAGCUCGUGGGGAGAGGCUCUUCUGGGGUACGCGUGACCUGGUGGAAGAACCAAUAGGCUUCUUGGUAUUUACCCUGGAAGCCCGCGUUACAACCUUAUUGACCAAUCCCCGCCGUCGCUUUGCACACGUUGACGUAAUGUAAUCUGAUAAGGAGGAGGGUGGUUUCGGUGCCCUCGCAUUUUGUACAGGAUUAAAUGGCGGAGCCUGUCACAGACAGCAUAUCUGUAUUACUGAAUAGGCUGGGCCAAUAGUAUUUUGCAAUUUCCUUGACGGACAGCAAAAGCAUGCGAAUAGGUUGGCCCGAAAGAUUGUCAGUGAAGUCUCAGUAUUUAGGGGUGUGGUGACUUUGACGGACAGGGUAAGUAGCGAAUGGUAAGUCAGAGGGCGUGGACAGUCUGAGGUAGUCUACCCAAUAGGGUGAGUGGUCUGUCUAUAAAACACCGGGUGUAGUCAAAUCGUCGCCAUUUCAACGAAGCAGAAUAGAGGAGUUUACCGUGACGGGGAGCGGAGAGAACUGACGAACAGAGACGGAUCCAGGACUGAGUCUAGCUAAAAACAGAAUCCGGAUCCAUCCUGAUGGAUAUGGCCGUUAACCCGCUCCUUGACAGCUCCCUUGUCGGGGUUGAGGUUGGCAUUAUGGGAGUCACAACGAUGGACCAGGGUUCUACCACAGCUGGAAAACGCAUCAGAAAACCUUCACUGCUCUAUGAGGGCUUUGAGAGCCCUGGGAUGCCCCCCCUCAGUCUUCUGGCCCCUGCGGGACCCCCACAGCCCCCAGUGAAAGACCCCAACCGACAAGGAAGGAUGACCAACCAACUUCAGUUCCUACAGAAAGUCCUGCUCAAGUCUUUGUGGAGGCACCACUUUGCCUGGCCCUUCCAUGAACCUGUAGAUGCGGUCAAGCUCAACCUGCCAGACUAUCAUAAGAUCAUCAAAACUCCCAUGGAUAUGGGCACUAUAAAGAAGAGACUAGAAAAUAACUACUACCGCAGUGCCAGUGAGUGCAUGCAGGACUUCAACACCAUGUUUACCAAUUGCUACAUUUAUAACAAGCCUACAGAUGACAUAGUACUGAUGGCUCAGUCUCUGGAGAAGGCCUUCCUGCAGAAAGUGGCUCAGAUGCCCCAAGAGGAACUAGAGCUACCUCCUCCCCCUCCUCGGAUCAAACCAGGCAAACCUGGCAGAAAAGGCAAAGGUAAUGCAGUCUCUGGAGGAGUGACAACAGCUCAUCAGGUCCCAGCUGUUUCCCAGUCAGCGUACUCACCUCCAACCCCAGAAACACCUGACUCCAUCCUCUCCACCCCCCCACAGACACAUAUGACUAAGAGCCUGCCCCCCAUUCUUACAACUGAACAAAGCAUCCCUACCAUUACUAGUCUGCCUCCCACACAGCCCACUGCUAAGAAAAAAGGUGUGAAAAGGAAAGCAGACACAACCACCCCAACCACUGUAGCCAUGCCCAUCAUGAGCACCAUGGGUGUCAGUGGCAUCAGCCUGGGGAUGGGCAGUGGGCACGACUCCCCGCUCACCCUCACUUCUCUGGGAGUGGACCACAACUCCGGCCUGGGGAUGAACCAAGGCCUCGGCCUCAGCCAGGGCAUGAGCAUGGGGAUGGGCAUGGGCAUGGGUAUGGGUAUGGGCUGUGGAACAGUGAUGAUGGGUAACAAAGCAGGGUCUGGGGGCAGGAGAGGAGUGAGUGGAAGAGCCAUCAAGCCUCCCAAGAAGGAUCUCCCAGAUUCCAUGGUGCCGCCGCCGGUGCGCCGCAGCAAGCUGAGUCCCCAGCUGCGCUACUGCAAUGGGGUUCUGAAGGAGCUUCUGUCAAAGAAGCACGCAGCUUAUGCCUGGCCGUUUUACAAGCCUGUUGAUGCCUCAUCACUUGGUCUUCACGACUACCACGACAUCAUUAAGCAGCCCAUGGAUCUUAGCACCAUCAAGAGGAAGAUGGACGGCAGAGAGUAUCGUGACUCCCAGCAAUUUUCUGCUGAUGUUAGACUGAUGUUCUCAAACUGCUACAAGUACAACCCGCCUGAUCAUGAUGUGGUGGGCAUGGCCAGAAAACUGCAGGAUGUAUUUGAGUUCUGCUUUGCUAAGAUGCCAGAUGAGCCUCCAGCACCCCCUAGCUCCUCAUCUUCCUCCUCGUCCUCUUCAUCGUCGUCUGAGAGUGAGCUCAGCAGUGAGAGUGAGGAGAGCGAGAGCAGCCCCAGCUCUGACUCAGAGGAGGAGAGGGCGAACCGGCUGGCAGAGCUGCAGGAACAGCUCAAAGCUGUGCAUGAGCAGCUGACUGCACUUUCACAGGGCCCCAUCAUCAAACCCAAGAAAAAGAAAGAGAAGAAGGACAAGAAAAAGAAGAAAAAGGUCGAUAAAGAGAAGCAUCGGAAGAUAGAGGAAGAGAUUACACCUAUAAGACCGCCCAAGACCCCCAAGAUCACCAAGACUCCAAAACCCAAGAGCAACAGAGGAACAGCCGGUCCUGUAGUGCCAGUCAAAAAAGCACCAAGCAAGAAAAACAACAAGAGCAAAACCAAAAAGGGCGGCAUGACGUUUAGCAUGCCUCAUCCGGUCCACGAGCCCAUAGUGAGUCAUUUCGACUCGGAUGAAGAGGAAGAGACGGCACCCAUGUCGUAUGAUGAGAAGCGUCAACUCAGCCUCGACAUCAACAAGCUGCCGGGUGAGAAACUGGGCCGCGUUGUGUACAUCAUCCAGUCCCGUGAGCCCUCGCUCCGAGACACCAACCCAGAGGAGAUUGAGAUAGACUUUGAGACCCUGAAGCCAUCAACGCUGCGGGAACUGGAGAGAUACGUCAUGACGUGUCUGAGGAAGAAACCUCGAAAGCCAUAUGCAAGUAAAAAUAACAUUGCUGGCAAAUCUCGGGAAGAGCUCGCUCUGGAAAAACAAUUGGAGCUGGAGAGAAGACUGAUGGACGUCAGUGGUCAGCUCAACUCUGGAAAGAAGCCUGUUAAGACCAAACCAGAGAAACCUGCAACAGAGCAGCACAACCAGCCGUCACGCCUCAGCGCCAGUAGCUCCUCCUCAGACUCCUCUUCAUCAUCCUCUUCCUCCUCGUCCUCAGAUACAAGUGACUCAGACUCUGGCUGAGAGGCAGAGGGUGUCGAUAUGAAAGGGUCACGUGAGGGGCCCCCAGGUGUUUUGCUGCCCACCGAGUGGACUGAACUGCAAUAGAGCUACUGACGAUGGAGCCGCGGGACGGAUCAGACGAGACCAGCACUAGGCAGAACUGGUCCGACUCAACAAGUGUCAAACCAAGAAAGACAGAGAUGGGGCUUUCCCUGUGCUCAGCUCAUUCAUCCAAUCCUGUCCUGGACACAGAAAAGUAAAGAAUGGAUGAACGGAUGAAAAGAAGGAGAGUCAUGUAAAGUCCUGGCGUUCUCUGGAGAACUGGCCCUGCUGGGCAGAGUGAGGAACGCUCCAUCUCCCGCUGAAAAAGAAGCGUGACGCAUGCGUUGGAGGGACAAGGGUGCUAGAGCCAGAAUCUGUCUUAUUUCUGGAGAUAAUUUCCCUUCUUCCCGUGCUCCCUGUCUUUAUGCUGUAUAGAUAAGGUGUACAGUUAUAUAAAUAUCUAUUUUUCUUUUAUAAAGAAGCAUUUUAUGGAGCUAAUUUAUUCCCUCAUUCUGGGGAAGAUGAACUGGUGCGGGAGGAGUUGUGUUUUAGUUUUUGUUUAGUUCUUUUUUUCUUGAGUGACAAAGAGGGUAGAGGGAAAACACGUGCGAGUGUGUGUGUGUGUGUGUGUGUGUGUGUGUGUUUGUGUGUGUGAAUGUAUGAUUGUGUCACGUAUGUGUUUGCACGUGCAAGUGUGAGAUCCUCAUAGUUUUGACGCAGGCGUUGAAAAUCAGUCUGCACGCAGAAGCACCUUGGUUCAGUAGAAUACAGAAUGCAUGCAAUACAGAGGAGCUGACAAACAUCUGCAUACUCAUGUACUACUUUACUGCAUCCUUGUGUACUCAUGUACUUGUUUGAAAGGGUUGGCCACUGUACAGAAAUGUGACAUAGUUACACAUCAGUUUAUACAUACAUAUAUCUGUUCCCAUGUGUGCUGUCAUUAUUUUUCAUCCAUUUCAAUUUCUCUGUAAACAUGUUGCUUUUUUUCUUGUGACCAAUCUGCUAAUAAAUUGUGAGGACGUGUCUUGUCCACUCACCCGUGCCCAAAUAA